CUUGCGCACAGGGCUCUUACCAUGCCUCCUGGGAAGGUGUGCAAUAAAGAAGCCCUGGUCCUGCAGUGUGAGUGGGACAUGUGCACCUUUGUAGUCUCCAAGAUGGAAGAGUUCUGUGAGCAUGUGUCAAAGCAUUUGCACCAGCACCUCCAUGGGAAGGAGGAGGACGAAGAUGAGGUGGACUCUCUCGAAGAAUACACCUGCCUGUGGCAGGAAUGUGGCUUCUGUUCUCCAGAGAGUCCCACAGACCUGGCCCGCCACGUGUACUUCCACUGCUACCACACCAAGCUGAAACAGUGGGGAAUGCAAGCCUUACAGAGCCAGUCGGACCUGACCCCCUGCCAGCUGGACUUCCAGAGCCGGAACAUUAUUCCGGAGAUUCAAGAGAACUUCCUCUGCUUAUGGGAGUACUGUGAGAGAGCUUUUGAUAAUCCUGAAUGGUUCUAUAGGCAUGUGGAGGAUCACAGCUUCUGCACUGAGUAUAAAGCAGUCGGGAAGGAGAAUCACGUUGUCUUUUGUGGCUGGAAAGACUGCGACUGUACCUUCAAAGGCCGGUGCAAGCUGCGCGAACACCUGCGUAGCCACACGCAGGAGAAGGUGGUGGCUUGCCCAACCUGCGGUGGGAUGUUCUCCAACAACACCAAGUUCUUUGACCACAUCCGUCGUCAGACUGCCCUAGAACAACAGCGAUUCCAGUGUUCCCACUGCUCUAAGAGGUUUGCCACGGAAAGGCUGUUGCGCGAUCAUAUGAGGAACCACGUCAACCACUACAAGUGUCCCCUGUGCGACAUGACCUGUCCUCUGCCCUCCUCCCUGCGCAAUCACAUCCGCUUCCGGCACAGCGAGGAGCGGCCCUUCAAGUGCAAUUACUGCGACCACAGCUGCAAGAAUCUCAUCGACCUCCGGAAGCAUCUGGAUACGCACAGCAAAGAGCCAGCCUACCGCUGCGAGUUCGAGGCCUGCAGCUUCAGUGCCCGUUCCCUUUGCUCCAUCAAACUGCACUACAGGAAGGUUCAUGAGGGUGACUUGGAGCCCCGCUACAAAUGCCACGUCUGCGACAAAUGUUUUACCCGUGGGAACAACCUCACUGUGCACCUCAGGAAGAAGCACCAGUUCAAGUGGCCAUCGGGCCACCCCCGCUUCAGGUACAAGGAGCACGAGGACGGCUACAUGAGGCUUCAGCUGGUGCGCUACGAAAGCGUGGAGCUCACGGAGCAGCUGCUGAAGGACCGGGAGAAGCAGGGCGAGGAGCUAGAUGACACGGCCCAGUGCAUGGUGCUUGCGGGGGCCGAGGGCAGCCUGCAGGGCAUCAUCCUGGAGCCCCACUCAGAGGAAGCCACUGAUGCGGACUCACGGGUGGCUGCGGCCCCCCAGCACCCAGUUGAGCAAGAGGACAGCGCGUCCCCCGAGCAGGAGCCCUGCGUUCCUUCCAGCCCCAUCAUCCGCGUGGUGAACAGGACCAACGAGCGCGGGGAGAGUGAGACCGUGUACUACGUGAUGGCCAACACGCCCUCAGAGGGCCGAGCGGCCGUGCCCAGCGGGUUCGCCGCGGAGCCCGAAGAGAAUGUCAUGGACAGGCUGCAGAAGACAGCCGAGGAACUGGGCAUUCAGAUUGUCUGACCC